AUGCUUCUACGGAUAGCGCUGUUUUUUGUGGUCGCGUGUCUGGCGCUGCUAGUUGUUGGCGCAGAAGACUAUUACAAGCUACUGGGUCUUGAGAAGGAUGCCUCAGAGCGCCAGAUCAAGAAAGCGUACCGAAAUCUGAGCAAGAAAUAUCAUCCCGAUAAGAACCCUGGCAACGAAGAAGCAAACCAGAAAUUCGUUGAGAUUGCAGAAGCCUACGAAGUCCUCAUCGAGAAAGAAACACGCAAGAUCUAUGACCAAUACGGCCAUGAGGGCAUUCAACAGCACAAACAAGGCGGUGGUCCUCGCCAGCAUCACGAUCCCUUUGACCUCUUCUCGCGCUUCUUCGGUGGUUCCGGGCAUUUUGGACAUCAUGGCGGGGAGCGACGAGGGCCGAACAUGGAAGUCAAAGUAUCCAUUCCUCUACGUGACUUUUACAAUGGCCGCAAGACGGAGUUCACGAUUGAGAAGCAAGCAAUCUGUUCGGCCUGUGAGGGAUCAGGUUCAGAAGAUGGACACGUAGAGACCUGUGGCACAUGUGGUGGACGAGGUGUUCGCAUACAACGACAACAACUCGCACCGGGACUCUUCCAGCAAGUCCAGGUACAUUGCGACCAAUGUCACGGCAAAGGCAAGACAAUCAAGCACCCAUGUCCGGUCUGCAGCGGUAGUAGGGUUAUCCGUGAAUCCGAGACGCACCAACUCGAGAUUGAGAAGGGCAUGCCCAAUGGCGUACGCAUCACCUAUGAGAAUGAAGCAGACGAGAGUCCGGACUACGUUGCUGGCGACCUUAUCGUCCAUCUCGCCGAAGCCGAUCCUGUAUUUGGCCAGCAAGAACACGAGCGCACAGAUGGUACCUUCUUCCGAAGACGGGGCAAGGACCUCUUCUGGCGCGAGGUUCUGUCUCUCCGAGAAGCAUGGAUGGGUGACUGGACCCGCAACGUCACGCAUCUCGACGGCCACAUUGUCCAGCUCUCGCGCAAGCGCGGCGAAGUCGUACAGCCCAACCUCGUUGAAAUCAUCAAGGAAGAAGGCAUGCCCGUCUGGCACCAACAGCUAGAAAACAACGAGGGUCUGCAAUACGGUGACCUGCACGUCGAGUACGUGGUCGUCUUGCCCGACCAGAUGGACAAGGGCAUGGAAAAGGACUUUUGGAGCGUCUGGGAGAAGUACAGGAAGAAAAGCGGUGUUAGCAUUGAUGCUGAGCUUGGUAGGCCACAGGAGCCGAUUAAGAUGCCGGAGCCUGAUGCACAUGAUGAGUUGUAA